CGCUCGCGCAGUUCGGACGCGCAGGGCGGGGUUUGUUUUGAGCGAGAAGACUCACCAGGCAAGAUGGCGGCCGCAGGGUCCGCCGAACGGCACGGGACACCGGCCAGCGGCAAGCCCCGGUACGGCCACGGAGCAGGGCGCGGGUCCGGGUCCAGUCCGCCGGAGAACGAGGCAAAGAGGUGCGCGGCCGGGCAGCCCGGUGACAGCCCGCCCUCCUGUCACUCGGCCUGCCGACGAGCCCACAGACGCCCCGGCAGCGGAGAGCGGCUCCGGAGGAGGAGCGAGCCCGAGAAGAGCAGCAGCGGGGCGGGCAGGAGGGACCGCAACACCCGGAGAGAGUGCUUCGUUUCUUCGGCUCUCGUCCAAAAAUGCUGUGACGACAAACACAAGGUGGCGUCCAACGAAAGAGACAAGCUGAAGAGGUGGAACUGUAAAGACGAGUCAGUCCGACACGAUGAAGAGCCAGGGCUUCUGUCCGACUCGGAGAACGAGGAGCCGUUCAGCAGGAGGAUCAGAAACAUCUCGGCCUUCAUCAGGAAAACCAAAAGCUCCGCCGCCCUCUCAAGUGGUGCUCAGAGGAGCCAGAGCUGCAGCGAGCCGGUGGAGGACCGAGGAGGGAAGACGAAGGCCGUCACCCAGCCGGCCCUCAUGGCCCGAGUCGGCAUCAGUCACAGUUACGCAGCAGGAAUCCUUCUCUCCUCGGAAAACAGCCGCUCCGUCUCGGCUCCCAUCACCACAGAUCGCCGGCUCGCCUGGCAUGCCGUGGUCUCGUCAACGUCGAUACCCGUGGGCGUCACCCCCCCGUCCCGCCCUGAGCGCUCCAUCAGCCCCGAGAGCAACGACAGCAUCUCCGAAGAACUCAAUCACUUUAAACCCAUUGUUUGCUCGCCGUGCACGCCACCCAAACGCCUGCCGGACGGGCGUCUGCUGGAGCCCACAAUCGUGAAGUCCACGCCCAGGAACCUGACCCGUGGACUGCAGAAGGCCACCAGCUACGAGGCCAGUCCCGCUGUCCUGCAGAAGUGGAGGCAGAUAGAACUCGACCGCCAGAGCCUCAAGGUGAACUCCAAGGCGACGCUGACGAGCCCCGUCAACGAGCUCCACAACAAGAACGUUGAGGGGGAGGAUGCGAAGACCCGUCGGUCCCCGCUGGGACGCGAUGGAGGCAGCAUGAGGGCCGCCAACAAGAGGAAGCUGCUGUUCGAACCUCUAGCCGGAGACACGGACUCCUUCCAGAAACAGUCUGUGAAGAUCCGGGUCCCUGCGAUCCGCUACAGCAGCGAGGCCACUUUCAGAGGGAGUUCAGACUUUGAGCCGACAGUCGGCGCUCCUGAAUCCGGCAGUGGAGGAUCGCUUUUUAGCCGAAAACAGUCGUUCUCACCGUACACGAAGAACUCUGGUUUCCAGUCCUGUAAAUUUGUGCCAAAGGACUCGCAGAGUCCGAGGAAGGAGUCCGACAGUAGCCUACACAACCAGUCUACCUCAAGGAGGGGCAAGAAGCGGGAACAGAAGACCAAACACCUAAACUCGGAGCGGGACUCAGACCUCAAGAGGAGCCGGUCAGCCAGCCAGGAGGCCUUCGACGAGCGGUACAUCCGUCAGAUCCAGCAGGAGCGCCAGGACCGAGCCAUCGCCCUGAAGCUGCAGAGACAAUUCGACCGGGAGAACCAGACCACCAACCGCCGGAGGAGCCCCAACAAGUACUUCCUGCGGUCCUGGAUGUCCAACCAGAACCAACGCAGGAGGCGUGGCCUGAGGAGAUCGCGACGAAUCAACAAGAAGCACUAGAAAGACAGUUGUUUGCUAACUCGGCACAAAGACGGACAGGAAGAAGUUCAUUUAUGCAAAGUGACGAAAGGUUUGAAUGUUUUUACAUGACGGCAAACUUUAAACGUAAUUUAAAACUGUUGAGAAAAAGGACAUGAACUGAACAUUUAUCUGAUCUUUUCACCAGCAAAUCACCAACAACUGAAUGAAAGUCAGCUGCGGGCUGAAAUCUGAACUCUUUCUAUAAAUUGGAGGUCUUCAGGGGUUCCUGGGGGUCUGUGGGGCUUCAAGGGUUGCUGAAGGUCUGUGGUCUUUUGGGGUCCAGUGUCUGCUUCCACUAUGUUACUGGUCCACCUCUGUCCUGACGGUCUUCCAGUCUGAAUGUUUGUUGGAGGUUCUUUUAGCGCUUUGAAGUUGUGGAUUCUGGACUUUGGUCUGUGGCCGCUGAGGCUCAUGGGUAUUGUAGUCUCAGAGCCGUUCCACAGACCGGUGUGGAUGAGGAGAGACGAGUCAUUUGAUUGGACGAGUUCUGUUUGUUAACAAAAGCUUUAAGGAAGAGUUGAUGUUUUCUAUCUGAAGCAGCAUUCACGUAAAACAAUGUAAAACACAUCAAACAACGUAAAAACACGUAAAACACAUCAAACAACGUAAAACACACCAAACAACGUGCAACAUGACGAAACAUGGUUCAACAAUGUCAAACACGUAAAACACAUCAAACAACGUUAAAACACAAAUGAUGUUUCGUCAUUUUUCACGAUGUUUAACGUUAUUGAACGAUGUUUAACGAUGUUUAACGUUGUUGAACGAUGUUCCGCCAUGGUUCACGAUGUUUAACAUUAUUGAACGAUGUUUCACGUUAUUGAACGAUGUUUAACAUUAUUGAACGAUGUUUAACGUUGUUGAACGAUGUUCCGCCAUGGGUCACGAUGUUUAACAUUAUUGAACGAUGUUUAACGUUAUUGAACGAUGUUUAACAUUAUUGAACGAUGUUUAACAUUAUUGAACGAUGUUUAACGUUGUUGAACGAUGUUCCGCCAUGGUUCACGAUGUUUAACAUUAUUGAACGAUGUUUAACGUUAUUGAACGAUGUUUAACAUUAUUGAACGAUGUUUAACGUUGUUGAACGAUGUUCCGCCAUGGUUCACGAUGUUUAACAUUAUUGAACGAUGUUUAACGUUGUUGAACGAUGUUCCGCCAUGGUUCACGAUGUUUAACAUUAUUGAACGAUGUUUCACGUUAUUGAACGAUGUUUAACGUUAUUGAACGAUGUUUAACGUUGUUGAACGAUGUUCCGCCAUGAUUCACGAUGUUUAACAUUAUUGAACGAUGUUUAACAUUGAACGAUGUUUAACGUUGUUGAACGAUGUUUAACGUUAUUGAACGAUGUUUAACGUUGUUGAACGAUGUUUAACGUUAUUGAACGAUGUUUAACGUUGUUGAACGAUGUUCCGCCAUGGUUCACGAUGUUUAACAUUAUUGAACGAUGUUUAACGUUAUUGAACGAUGUUUAACGUUGUUGAACGAUGUUCCGCCAUGGUUCACGAUGUUUAACAUUAUUGAACGAUGUUUAACAUUAUUGAACGAUGUUUAACGUUGUUGAACGAUGUUUAACGUUGUUGAACGAUGUUCCGCCAUGGUUCACGAUGUUUAACAUUAUUGAACGAUGUUUCACGUUGUUGAACGAUGUUCCGCCAUGGUUCACGAUGUUUAACAUUAUUGAACGAUGUUUCACGUUAUUGAACAAUGUUUAACGUUGUUGAACGAUGUUCCGCCAUGGUUCACGAUGUUUAACAUUAUUGAACGAUGUUUCACGUUAUUGAACGAUGUUUAACAUUAUUGAACGAUGUUCCGCCAUGGUUCACGAUGUUUAACAUUAUUGAACGAUGUUUAACAUUAUUGAACGAUGUUUAACGUUGUUGAACGAUGUUCCGCCAUGGUUCACGAUGUUUAACAUUAUUGAACGAUGUUCCGCCAUGGUUCACGAUGUUUAACAUUAUUGAACGAUGUUUAACGUUAUUGAACGAUGUUCCGCCAUGGUUCACGAUGUUUAACGUUAUUGAACGAUGUUCCGCCAUGGUUCACGAUGUUUAACAUUAUUGAACGAUGUUUAACGUUAUUGAACGAUGUUUAACAUUAUUGAACGAUGUUUCACGUUAUUGAACGUUGUUGAACGAUGUUUCACGUUGUUGAACGAUGUUUCACGUUAUUGAACGAUGUUUAAUGUUGUUGAACGAUGUUUCACGUUGUUGAACGAUGUUUAACAUUAUUGAACGAUGUUUCACGUUGUUGAACGAUGUUUAACGUUAUUGAACGAUGUUUAACGUUAUUGAACGAUGUUUAAUGUUGUUGAACGAUGUUUCACGUUGUUGAACGAUGUUCCGCCAUGGUUCACGAUGUUUAACGUUAUUGAACGAUGUUUCACGUUAUUGAACGAUGUUUAAUGUUGUUGAACGAUGUUUCACGUUGUUGAACAAUGUUUCACGUUGUUGAACGAUGUUUCACGUUAUUGAACGAUGUUUAACGUUAUUGAACGAUGUUUCACGUUAUUGAAC